AGUGGAGCGAGGAGAAGAGUCACUGAUGAGAUAAAUUUUAAUUUAUGAUUGGCUGAUUUUAAUAAUGCAGCGCUGUUAAUGAGGCCGGGCAGAGCUGCACGCGGGAACAUGUACUUCCUUGGAUGUAGUUUUCUCUGACCGACGCAGCAACACGGCUGGAACUUCCAACAUGUUCUUCAAGACUGUGGAGGAAAACAUUGAACUGUGGGACAGACAGAAGGACAGUUACGACACUGAGCCUUUACUUCCUUUAACGCCCACCCAGAGGACAUUUGACUAUGUCCUGGUGGCCGACAGGGUGGAUGAUGACAUGGACCAGAGGGUGCAGAGACAGACAGCCUUCAUCCAGCAGCUCGAAAAGAAAAACAUCACUGUCACCAGGAUCACCCACGAUGACAAAGUGUUUUUUGGCCUCCGUGCUCCGCAUGAGACUUUUGAAGACUACAAGUACCUACUCAAAGUCUCUGACUCCUGCAACUGGUGCGGAGAUGUGAGGGGCAGCGUCACCCAGGCUACCAGGAUCCGAAUUGUCAAUUUUAUCCUUCAUCAGACCUUCAUCAACACAGGAGAGAACCUGGAGGAACUGUUGAUGAAAGAUGUGUUUGAGACCGUGUUCUGCCUGCAUGAGAGAAAGAAGCAGAAACAGCUGAAGAAGAAGUGGGCUCGAUGGUCGGCUUUGUUUACAGGCCAACCAGUCAGCGAUGUCAAGUGUUACUUUGGAGAGAAGGUGGCUCUGUACUACCUGUGGCUUGGCUGGUACACCAAGCUGCUGGUUCCAGCUGCAGCUCUGGGUGUUGUAGUUUUUCUCUAUGGACUUGCCUUUUUCAACACCAACACUCUCAUUAAGGAAGUGUGUCAGUCCAACAUCAUCAUGUGUCCUCGAUGUGAUAAGAGGUGUACAGUGUGGCAUCUGUCAGACACAUGCACCUACGCUAAGGUCAGCCAUCUGUUUGACAAUGAGGGCACUGUGGCUUUUGCCAUGUUCAUGGCAGUCUGGGCCACUCUGUUCCUGGAGCUGUGGAAGAGACAUAGAGCCAGACAUGUUUCUAAGUGGAAGGUCUAUGACUGGUGUGAGGAGGAGGAGGAACUGAUUCUGGAAAUAGUGAAUGAUCCAAACUGUAAACCCAAACAGUUCAGACACUCCUACCUGCGCAGCGCUCUAGUCCUCAUUCUGGUAACACUCAUGUUGAUGCUGAUCAUUGGCCUCGCUCAUGCCCUGGUGGUGUUUCGAGUGGUGGCUGCCCCCUUGAUGUCUGAGGGCAGCUGGGAGUUUAUCAGGGACCAUGCCAACACUGUGGCUGUGAUGCUGGGAGCUGUGCUGCACUACCUCACCAUUCAGAUCAUGACCCGGGUAAACAGAUGGGUCUCCCUCAAGCUGUGUGAAAUAGAGAAGACUAACUCAUUCGCUGCCACAGAGAGGAGCUUCACAGUCAAGAUGUUCACCUUCCAGUUCUUCACUCUCUUCUCCUCCCUCUUCUAUGUGGCCUUCUUCCUGGGCAGGAUAAACGGCCAUCCAGGAGACUAUGUGCGUAUCGCCGGAUGCAGAAUGGAGGAGUGCCAUCCUAGUGGCUGUUUGACAGACCUCUUCAUCCAGAUGGCUGUUAUCAUGCUGCUCAAACAGACUCUCAACAACAUCUUUGAGUUUACUGUGCCCUGGUUGAAGAGCUGUCUGAGCAGAAACACGGCAAAAAAGCUGCAGAGGAAGUGCGGUCACUGUUACAGGAAGGCCUGCCGUGAUGAAGAGGGACGUGUUGAACCGUGUGACAUAUGCAAACUUCGGGACUGGCUACGUAACUACCACCUGGCCAACACUGACGCCUUCAGCCUCUUCAACGAGUUCCUGGAGAUGGUGGUCCAGUUCAGUUUCACCACCAUAUUCGUGGCAGCGUUCCCCCUUGCCCCCCUCCUGGCUCUCAUGAACAACAUCUUUGAGAUCCGUCUGGACGCCAUCAAGAUGGUCCGCCUGGAACGGCGGCUGGUUCCCAGGAAGACCAACGACAUCGGUGUGUGGACGAAGGUGUUGGAGGUCAUUGGUGUGUUGGCAGUGAUUGCUAAUGGUCUGGUCAUUGGCGUCUCAUCAGACUUCAUUCCACGGCUCGUCUUCCGUUACCAUUAUGGCCCCUGUGCUAACGGAAGCACUCACACAGACUGCAUGCAGGGCUACAUUAAUGACACUCUGUCCACGGCCUUGGUGACACACCCAGCGGUUAGACGGGACUUUCUUCCACAUCAAAUGGUCACAGACAAUGGCAUCAAUGUCACACAGUGUAGCUACAGAGACUACAGGAGUGAUGAGGACUACACACUGACUUCUCAGUUCUGGUUGGUCUUGGCUGUGCGCUUUGCCUUUGUCAUCCUCUUUGAGCACGUUGUGGUGGUGUGUAAGUUUGUAGCGGCUUGGUUUGUCCCCAAUAAUCCUAUUCAAGUGAAGAAUGAUCGGCUGCACGACAAACUGGCCCGGCUCAAAGAGGAGCUCCGUGAAAUGAAACGCACCAAAUCAACAGAGGUCUAACCUUCUACAGCUGACCUCAGAUAUCCUUACACUGUGGUCCUGGCUGGUUGAAAUGUCGAAGGGAAACAUGGUGUCUUGUUUUUAUAAUUUAUGUUUGCUGAUGGAGCACAAGGCUGGACUGUGGUAAACUGUAAUGUUGUGUGAGGUUUAUGUGUCAAGAUAUCACCAGACUUUAAUUUACUCCUGCUGACUUGUCGCCACACAACCAUCACACUACCCUUAGCACACCAGCUAACACUCACGUGAUGUUUUUAUAUUAAAAAUGUUUGAAGAUAUAUUAUUGUCAUUUAAUGUUGUUAUUAAGUUGUUGCUGUUCUUCUGAGACACAGGCUCAGUGAGUUCUCUUAAAGAAACAUUUUCCUGCCCAGCAUUAGAUGAGAAAAUCAAUAACUCCAAUAAACUCCACACUGAAUGUGUUCAGUCAGACAAAGGGUCUGUCCCAAUACCAACGCUUGGCCUUGAGCACUUACAUGCAAGUUCAUGCACCACAAAGUGUUAACAAGUGUGUCCCCUGUCAGAAAAAAAUGGAUAAACACUUCUAACACCACUUCAGAGAUCAGUGUAUCCCACAAUUCACUGUGGUUUCUUGCUCUUCACCAGUCCAGCUGUUGGUGGUGAGAAAUGCAUAAACUGGUUUUAGACCAACAACGAGAAACAUUUAGUUUAUGACAUGCUAGAUUCUGACUGAAUAUUAUUAUUAUUGCCCAAAAACGACACAGUUAGAACAGAACCUCCACCGAUUUAUUUUAUCACUUAACAGCAACAUCAUGUUUUUCUUCAAGGUUCAUGGUUCAGUUAUUGGUCAUUCUGCAGCACUGUUGCUGGGGUGGCUAUUCUCUUUUAAUGCCCUUUAGGCUCUGCACAAAUGAGAAUGACAAUGAUAUCAUUCAUCUGACACUGUCAGCAUAAAUAUUAAAUACCCCUUUAUCUGUAAUUGUGAGAAAUAUGUUCCAUUCAUAAAUGUGCUACCAGAGACCAUUAAAAUAGUAUUAUGUUGUUUUAUAUAAAAGUGAUUCUUCUAGAUUACUUGUAUUUCUCCUCUCAGCUCCCAAAUGUGCUUUUUUAUUUUUUUUUUACUGUCCAUCUAUAAUAAUGUAAGGUUGAUCCUAUAUUUGUUCCCACAAAGCAUAUGGCCAUGCAUUUGUAUUUGGUGAAGUCACUAGAUGUUCGUAUCAUCAAGUAUGUCCCAAUGAGCUCUGCAGCUGGAAAUUACACAAAUGAGUCUGAUGACAAGACUUGUUACUGCAGCCGCCUGUUGAUCAUCAAGAAAUUGUUCCAGCACACAACUCUGUACAACCAAACUGUUGUUUUUACAUUUCUGUUCAGAUCAGACAAACAAGAUAUAACAUGUUAAUCAGGAAGCUUUACUGGUGCUGGGCAGAGCCAGGCUAGCGGUUUCCCCCAGUUCCCAGUCUUCAUGCUAAGAUAAGCUAAUUACCACCCGACUCCAGCCCCAGCCCUGUGGUUAACACACAGACAUGAGGAUGAAUCAAUAUUCUGUCUGUGGAAUAUAGAACAUGUUCUGAGCUUUACAGAAUGAUGUUCUUCACUGUUUUUGGAUCAGAGCUCAGAGGAGGGCCAGGGUUGGGGUCUGGUUUGGUCGACGUGUGACGCUUGAUGUUCCUCAUUCUCCAGUCCAGUUUGUGUGGUAUGUCCCUCUACAUGUGCAUGACAAUAUGCAGUCAUCUAAACUUCACUACAUUUAAACCUCCUCUACCUCCUCUAAUGUGUUCAGUCACAGUAUAUCUGUCCUCUCACUCAUGGACUCAUUGAUGGGCUGAAGUUUGUGAAACAUCAUCUGAAACAAUCAUGAACUUUUAAGAGUGGAAAAACAUCUGGCCCACCUCUGUUUACGUAUUCCCCUCUUCAUCCUCAUUUCUUGUCAUUUCUGUGCUUUCAGUUUUACUAUAAAGACAGAAAUAUCCCCAAAAUAAAAAUGGUAAUAUAAAACCUUCUGCCUCCUGUUGUGACAUUUUAGUUCACAAUAUCUAUAGUGAAAGCAAAUUUAAAUCGAAUCUUUUUUCUUUCUUUUUUUUUUUUAAUCAACACAUUUUCAUCUUUAAAUUUUAAAUUUUGUUUUUAAUUUCAUGCAGGGGUGUGUUUCUGUGUUUGUCUUGGAAACUAAAGAAUCACCUUUUAGAUCUGGAUUUCAUUGAUGGUUCAGAUGAUGUGGUUUACUGAGCUGGGUCGGGUCUCAGAUGUGAUUCUCUUUCAUUCUACAGUCCGCAGACAGGUUAUCAUUUGUGUCUUUCAGCCAUCACAGUGUCACCAGGUUCAAAAACGUUUAAAACUGUUGGUUAACUAGUUAAGAGACGGUACCUUUGAAAAACUUAUAUUGCACUAUCAUUGUCAAUAUAGAAAAAAUAUACUAUAUGUCAUAAAACUAGACCACUGGCAUUUUGACAUGUAGGCUGCUGAGGCUGGGGAUCGAACCACCAACCUUCUGAUAAGGGGACGACCACCCUGCCUAUCUUAUGCAUUCUCUGUUUUCUAUUUCCAUCCUAUUUUUUUUUUUUUUUUGUCUUAUUUGUACUAUUAUCAAGUGGGUUUUAUUUUCCAUCUAAUUUUCCUUUAAUUUUCCACCUCUGAUUUCAUGCUCAUUCUGUUAUGCUAUGUGGUGCUAUACAAAUAAAGUUUAUUAUUACUUGUAAUGCUAAUAUGAUACUUACUUAUGCUCUUUUAUCAUGUGAUUGUGUUUAUUUGUUCUUUACACACCUCAUUUGUGAUGGUAACUCAUGCACAUACACACAAAAUUAAAUUCUAUGUUGAUUUUAUUUUCCUUCUAUUGCUAACAAAUGUUUUAAAAGUACUGACAAU